AUGUCCUACCGAGGAAGUGGGUAUUAUCCCAGGUACGGAGGCAGUGGUGGGCCGCCUAAGAAGUUUGGUGGCCCUGGAGGGUCGGUGGGACCUAAUAACGCCCCCAAUGGAGGUGCCAGUAGCGAUUCCCACAGCGAUUCCUCCAACUCCCAACCAUCACAAACCAGCUCAUCCGACAAAGGCAGAGGCAUGAGCGGCUACAACAGGCGAGCAGACAGAGACUACUACGGUGGGUAUCGGUCUGGCCUGGGCCGCUACGAAAGCAAGUACAAUAAGUACGGCAGCGGCGGACCCUCCAACGGACCCCCUCCAGGCCUGGGUGGCAAGAGCCUGUCCAGAAGCUCCAGCACCUACUACGGGAGUGCAGCACCUCCAAACGCCACUUCAGGCUCAUCGUAUAAGAGGCGACCAACUGACAGAUACGACUCAUAUCCCGGCACCAAGUACUACUCGUCAUCAGUAUCAUCCAAUGGAGUAGAGGAGAGCAACGUCAAGUCAUCCUACUCCAAAUCCUACUCCCUGAGAUCCCCCGAGUGGAAGAGCACAGAUCGCCUGGACCGUCGCUCGGACGAUAAGUACGAUUCCUUCAAGCCCAGCACCAAUACCAAACCUUCCACCCCAUCCACAAUUUCCGAUUCCAAGUCUUCAACAGCAUCUUCAAACAAGUUCCUGGACGAAAGGCGAGGUAAGUCGUCUGCGUCCUAUCAGGCCACCUUCCCCCCUCUGUCCAGAAGCCCUUCCGAAAUACGAAGAUCCCUGAAGUCUAAAAACUCCGAGGACUCAGGAUCCGAAACUCCAGCACAUGACUACAACUCCAAGAUUACGACUAAUGACAACCACGCAAGCACAUACAUUCCUAAGCAAGCAUCCGAUGCCAAGAUGCUGAAUUUUUUCGAUGACGACGAACCCCAUGACAGAGACAGCGGGAGAACGUCAGGCCACCACACUCCAGAUUUCAAACAAGAAAAGCGCUCUCCUCUUAGAGAUGAUAGAGGUGAACGUCGUGGAAAUUCAUUUUCUGAUUCACUGGACAUAACAAGACCGCAUGAAGUCCCCAAGUCAGGCGAAACCUUGAAAACAAAGGAUUCAUCUUACACCAAAGAAAACAAGACAGACUCAUACAAGCCUAAAGUGGACUCUUACAAGCCCAAGGAUUCCAAGGUAGACUCGUACAAACCAAAAGAAGCCAGGGACGAAUUGUCUAAGCCAAAAGAAUCCAAGGUAGAUUCAUACAAGCCAAAAGAGUAUAAAGAUGAAAUCAGAGCAAAGGAAAACAGAGUUGAUUCAUACAAGCCAAAGGAAUCGCACGAAGCCAAAACAACUCUGAAGUCCAAAGACACCACCGAUUCCCCUAUACCGAAGGAAGCCAAUUUAGUCACCUUCAAGCCCAAGGAUACCAAGGAAGAAGCUUUAAGGAAAAAGAGCUACGUUGGGGAAAUUAAGGCUGAUCACUCGAACCCAAAAGAACCAAAAGCUGGAACCCCUUUAUCUAACGAAGGCGCUCAAGAUAAACCGAAAGAGAAGACCUCAUUCUCUGCGUAUUUGAAAUCCUCGAAGGAGAAGAAGUUUUACGUUCAUUCUGCUAAAGCAGAUUCCGAAAAGCAGAUCGAUUCAGACACUGUCCGAGUAGGUGAGACAGAUCAGGUCGAAGAUACUAAACCAAAUGAAGACCAACCCAAAAAGGAACAAAUCAAGGAGGUAGAACCCGCUCAUGAACAAAGCAGAGAAGAAACCAAGCCGGUAGAGUCUAUUGAUAAGGUUGUACCUGAGCCAAAUAUAGAGUCAGACACAGACCUGAAUGGGCCCCAACAAAAGACAAAUAGCGUCCCUGAAACACUACCUCAAUCAAAGGACCCUAUUGACGAGGAAGUUCAAAAGGAAGUUGAGGAUAAAUCAAUACAAUUACAAGAUUCGGAAUCUCAAAAUGAAACUACACUUGAUAGAAAAUCCUCUACUGCAGGUUCAGUCGAUACUAAAGUAUCCAGAGAUGAAACGACCAGAUCUGAAGACACGUCAAUGCUAUCACCCAUUCGUAGCAGUGUCACCGAUGAGAACUUCAAUUUCAAUAAUUUAGGAACUAUCCAAGAGAGCUUGGAUACAAAAGACUUGCUUUCAGAUGUCGAAGAAAGUGAUGAUAACGAAGCAGACGCUUCAGAGGCAGAGACAGUCGUUGCUGACUCUCCACCUGCAUUAAACAGGGCCAGGAGAUUGAUCAGGAAAAAGGACUUCGACGAAAGACGCCACAAAUUGAAGAGGAAAUCAGCUUACCAUUCUGAGGACGAAGAAAGAGAGGAUCAUAGUGAUCACAACAAAAACAACACUGGUGAUGAUCUCUCUGGCGAUGAGAAAAAGAGAAUGUGCAUCAGGCCUUACAAGAUGAAGCGAGACUCUGGUGGCAGAUCCUUGUUACAGAGGGCUUGCAAGAAGGGCAACCUUGAAGAUAUUAAAAAUUAUCUCCAACAAGGCGCAAAUGCCAAUGAAAAGGAUUUUUGUGGAUUUACUUGCUUACAUGAGGCAGCGUUGGAGGGUCAUACAGAAGUGGUUGAGAUAUUGAUCGAGCACGGUGCUAACGUCAACGCAAAGGCAGACCCGGCUGGCUACAACGAAACCCCAUUGAUUGAUGCCGCAGAAAAUAAACACUUGGGUACAGUGAAGGUCUUAUUGGAGAAUGGUGCCGAUCCCAGCAUCUUCAACAUUGAUGGAUUUACUGCUUUGACCAAAAUAUUCAAUGAACAUGCAGACGAAGAAGGGUAUGAGGAGAUUAUUAAGCUCUUAGAGGAAGCCAUUGCUAAACAACAACGUGAAAAGAGUGACGCUGUCAAGAGUGCCAGUCCUGCUCCUCCUGUUGUUGAGGAUCCAUACGACACAUAUUUCGGAGAUCUUAUCAAGAAGAAAGGUAUCUGUAAAUUUGCUGCUGAAGGCUCGAAGGAGGUAACUGCUAAUUAUUUUGUGUCUGGCAAUGGUCUUUCGUCCAAACCCGAUAUCUUGAUCAUUGCUGCCAGAAAUGGCCAUGUUGAAUUGGUGGAUAUCAUCUUGGGCCUUAACCCUACCCCAUACAAUAUUGAUACUGAAAACGAAUGUGGAGCUACUGCACUUUUAGCUUCUGUUGGUCGUGGACACAUCGAGGUGGUGGAAUCUUUGUUAUCCAAAGAUGCUGACCCUCGCAAGAAGCGUAAGCAGGACAACUUGAAUGCUUUAGAAAUUGCCCAAAGAUCGACCCACUUUGAUCCAAAGGAAGUAAAGCUUCUUCAAGAGUACAUGGGCAAGACCAGAAAGAGUGGAGUCAGCUCAACUAUAAGUUCUGCCGCAGUUUCAGAGAACGAGCAUGAACAAUAUUCGGACGCAGAAACUCCAGCAGUUUCAGAUAAGGAGUCUAUUCAUUCAAGGUCUGAGCGUGACAUUGAUGAUAAAAAACGGAGAAUUCUUGAUGAUCACCCACCAAAAAAGAAGUUGAAGAAAUCGAAGUCGGAUUCGAAGCUUCGAACUCAAACGAGCCACGUCUUCAAGAAAGUUGGCACUCCAGAGACUCUUGAAAGAACAAAGUCCAACGACCAACCCUCCUCACCACAAUCAAAUACCGAGAAGAUCAUCAAACCCAAGAGCACUGCUACUACUGCUUCUCCUUCGCCUGUGCCACUAACAAAGGCUCAAGAAGAACAGAAAGCGAAGAAUGCCGAGGAAGCAAGGAUCUGGCAGGAGAAGGUCGAGGCCAAGAAAAGGGCUAGAAGAGACAUGUUUUUGAAGUCUGAAAAAGAGAAGGAGCGUAAGAAGAAGGAAGAAGAAGAAAGAAGAGUUGAAGAGGAGAAAAGAUUAGCUGAGUUUAAAGAAAAAGAGAAAGUCAGAUUGGCCAAGGAAGCGCAAGAGCAAUCCAAGAUCAUUGAGCAACAGAAGGAACAAUUAAUGCACAAACAGAUGUUUGAUAUGUAUCCUAUUGGAUUGAAGACGGCUAAGUUCGGAGUCCAACUCAGUGACGAGUACAUUUUGCAGUACACCCCACUAUAUGUGUUUGAUAUUGAAGGUACCAAAUAUGUGACUGAUUUGCAGGUGUCUUUGAUCACUGGACGUCCCGUUGCAGACUUCAACACUAGCUCUACUAAGCCAUUAUCAUCAGGAGAAAAGUCCAAGUUGUGGGAUCUUUUCUUUCACAUGGUUGGGAUCGACAGAAACCGGUCAUUUUUCAACUUGAACGCCCUAAGAAGUAAGGGCCACAGCCAGUUCCAGAACUUGCUCGUUAGCUUCGUCGAGCUAGACCACGUCUCCCAGUUUGUGAAGAACGAACAUCCAGGUACCUAUAGAUUAAUUUGGGGAGAUGGAUCCAGUAGGCUAACCGAGGUCGACUUGAAGUCGAUGAGUCUGUUUGAAGGGGAAAAGAAUCAUUGUUUUGUAUCUGAGGGUGACAUGGAAGUAGUGAUUGAUACGAAGUCGAUUGCUGAGACCAGCUUUGUGCCACCCAGGUUGAGAAGGAGAAGAGAUACUUUGCGGGCCAUCAGCACGGUUGCCAGACCGAUGUGUGUCUCGAGAGCAUCGCUCUACAACUCAGAUGACGAGCAAUCAGCGCCAGAGUCUCCAGAUCAAGAAGUCUACGUUGCCCCAGCUUUCGAUUUCAUAGAGGUAGACAACACUGAGGACCAUGAAAACGAUGAAGAGGAAGAAGAAUUCGACUUUCCGUUGUUUGCAAGUGCUGCGACCUCGGAGCCGGGCUCCAAGGACGAAAGAGGGAGACCUGAGCAGAGAGUGAUGAAAGUAUCAAUACGAGAAGAAUCAGUGGAAAAAGUCAACAACGAGCGCCCCCAAACGUUCUACUACGCCAACUACACUGCCGAGCAGAAGCACCAAUUCGAGCUAGCUGCCGUCACUGCCGAAGACAUCUACAAAAAUGUGUUUGUGGUAGAAAAUGCGUCCCGGAAGUGUAUUGAUCUCAAGAAGCACAACGAUGGCGUAGAGGCCGAAAAGGCAAGAGUAAAGGCUAAGAAGAGACCCGGGAUGAAGUAUAGGCUCAACAAAAUAGGGUGUCGUGAAAGAAAGCAUGCCAGAGCCAAGCUCGCAAAGAAAUUGGAAAGAGAACAAUUUGAUAAAAGAAACCAGUACAAACGGUACAGCAAGCCUGCAUUCAGGAGCAAGCAUAGAUACAGCACCGUCAAGUCAAAGCCUAGCACUGAAUAG